AUGAAUAUUUUUAUGAGGUACCUUCUAGCAGACAUGGGUCAGGACCAAACCAAGCAGCAGAUUGAGAAGGGCCUACGCCUGUACCAGUCCAACCAGACAGAGAAAGCACUACAUGUCUGGAUGAAGGUGCUGGAGACAACAUCAGACCCUGGGGGAAAGUUCCGGGUGCAGGGGUGCCUCAUCACAGCCCACUCGGAGAUGGGCAAGUAUAAAGAGAUGCUUAAGUACGCCCUGGCCCAGAUUGAUACAGCCCGGGAAAUGGAGGACCCAGACUACCUAACUGAAGGCUACCUGAACCUGGCACGCAGCAACGAAAAGCUUUGUGACUUCCAGAAGACUGUCUCCUACUGUAAGACUUGCCUGAACAUGCAGGGCACCACUGUUAGCCUGCAGCUCAAUGGCCAGGUGUGCCUGAGUAUGGGCAAUGCCUUCCUGGGCCUCAGUGUUUUCCAGAAGGCACUGGAGAGCUAUGAGAAGGCACUGCGCUAUGCACAUAACAAUGAUGACAAGAUGCUGGAGUGCCGCGUCUGCUGCAGCCUUGGAAACUUCUACAUACAGCUCAAGGAUUAUGAGAAGGCCCUUUUCUUUCCCUGCAAGGCAGCAGAACUGGUGAAUGACUAUGGCAAGGGCUGGAGCUUAAAGUAUCGGGCCAUGAGCCAGUACCACAUGGCAGUGGCAUACAGGAAACUGGACCGUCUGUCAGACGCCAUGGAGUGCUGUGAGGAAUCCAUGAAGAUUGCACUGCAGCAUGGAGAUCGCCCCUUGCAGGCCCUAUGUCUACUGAACUUCGCUGACAUCCACCGUUCCCGGAAGGAUUUUGAAAAAGCAUUCGCUCGUUAUGAGUCCUCCAUGUGCAUCAUGACAGAGAUUGGCAACCGCCUCGGGCAGGCGACCAUCUACCUGGGCGUCGGGAAGUGCUGGCUGCAGCAGAAGGAAAUGGACAAGGCUCUGGAAUUUCUUCAGAGGGCACAGGACCUAGCUGAAGGGGUGGGAAACAAGCUCUGCUCCCUGAAGGUGCACUGCCUAAGUGAAGGCAUUUAUCGUGCCAAGGAGCAGCAAGAUGAACUCCGGGAGCAAGUGGUGAAGUUCCUGCAGUGUGUGGAGGAGCUGGAGCUCUACUGUGGCAUGUGUGGGGAGUCCAUUGGAGAGAAAAACCAGCAGCUGCAGGCCUUGCCCUGUUCCCAUGUCUUCCAUCUUAAGUGCCUGCAGUCCAAUGGGACGAAAGGCUGUCCCAAGUGUCGCCGCUCUUCCAUGAAGCCAGGCUUCGUGUGAGGGAGGACUCCGAGUGCUGCAUCUACACGCUGGAUGUGUUUAGCUGCAUAAAAUGAACUCUUGUCUGGACUAUAAGAAACACAGCUGCCAUCAAGGACAGACCUAGACAGGAUACAGAGUGGUCUGCUUUCAUAGCAUGCCUUCCAAAGAGGUCUACCAGCAAGAAAAGAAAUUUUCCAGUCAGAAAAACAGACGUUGUUGAGAGAAAAAGAAGCUACUGUGCCCUCCUGUCUUAUGUCUCUUGAAGUUAGCACAGAAUCAGUAAUGUGUUCUUUUCUGAAAUGAGGCCAUUCCGAGGACCCUAUGUGGAGGGCACUGAAGAGACAACGCAAUGAUAAAACGCAAGACACAAUAAAGUGUCUUAUGGGACAUCACACAUGAAGAAAAGUUAAGGUGAAGUUGACAUUUUCCAUCUUUGCUUUUCUUAGCAUUGUGUGGGUAUGAUUAUCUGUAAGGGGUGUGGAUUGGAAGGGUACAGUAAUAAUAAAAAUAAGCUUACAGAAAUUCUUAACAGAAAUACUUUUGACAGCGGGCAAUUAGGAGAAAAAUAAAGAUUUACUGAAUAUAUGUGGAGGGCAUCCACAUAUGUAUGUAGAUGCUAAUAAUAUUCUAUAUACAAUAUUUUAUUUUAAUUAUAUAUUUUGCUUUAUUUGUUGUACAACAGUUUUGCUUUGUUUCAUUUCAGUUAUGGAUGAAACGUAUAUCUCUAAAAACUGUUUCAACACCACACACUAACAAUACCGAGGAAAUCAACUUAUGUUGCAUCAUUACCCAUCCCUAAAAGAUUAGUCAAUCAGACACAUCAGUGUAG